AUGGCCACUAUCGUGACAACCUCACAACCGCCCAGCAUGGACACGUCCAACCGAAUCUUCGCCCAGGAUGACAAGUUCUGGGAGAAUUAUUCGCGCGGCCGUCCCCAAGUCCCUGAUACCUUCUGGGACCGCAUUUGGGGCUUCCACGAGUCCAAAGGCGGAGUUUUUGACACCGUCCACGACAUUGGUGCAGGAAACGGGCCCUACUCCCAGCGACUGGGGUCUCGGUUUCCCAAUGUCAUCGUGUCAGAUAUCGUGGCCGACAACAUUGCCCUCGCCAAAGAACGCCUCCGGGGCCAGGCCGGAUUCGUCUUCCGCACCGCCGCGCUGGAGGACGCCGACGACAUCCCCGCCGGCAGCGUGGACAUGGUUUUUGCAGCGAACGUGAUGCAUUUCGCUGAGCCGCAGCUCGACGCAAUGGCGACGAUCGCGCGCCAGCUGCGGUCCGGGGGCACGUUUGCGGCGUCCCUUUUUGGACCCGCUCGCUUUCGUAAUGCGAAAGUGCAAGAUCUGUGGGAGCGGCUGAGCCAUCAGGGGGGCAGGGAGUUGCUCCGCGUGUCUGAGGAUCCGGACCAGGUGGUCAAGGUCAUGGCGCGGACACAGGACCGGUACAAUGUCGCGCCGCUUGAUCGGACGCUAUUUGGCGACGAGGUCCGCAUCCAUGUGAAUAUGGAGCAUGGGGGAAUUCAAGGCAUGUUGCCCCUGGAAUUCGCGCACCGGAAUCAGGAGCCGAAUUACGGCGCGGGCGACCAUGAGUCGCAUGAGAAGAUGGAGGGAUGGACCUUUGAGACGGACCUGCAGGGGAUCACGGAGCAUUUUCGGUCCUUUCCGUUCAUCUCGCGGUUUCCGGACGCUUUGGCGGACUUGUUCCAGGAGUUGGACGAGUUGCUGGCUGACGGGAAGACCGUUGAGGGCUAUUUCCCUGUCAUGAUCAUUUUAGCCACUAGGAAAUAG